AUGGCGUACACAAACCCGCUUCAUCAUGGCUCCGAGCAAAACGACUCCAAAACGCCCUAUCCGGUCACGACGAACCUCGAAAAACAACCAAACCAGAACCAACUUCCACGGUCCUACUUCUCUGGAAGGCUUUGGGGAAUGUUCAACAACGAACUGGCCGAGAUUGGAAAAAUGACACUGGUGAUGGCCUCUGUGAUGCUGUCCAUAGCCUCUCUGCUUGUCUCUUGCGAGCUUUUUUUCAUUAUCCCCAGCGCCAUCCUCAAGAUUGGGGACUCGGUGAUGGCGUAUAUCCAAUCAAUCGGAGGAGAAUAA